AUGUACUAUUGUUAUUCUUCAUCCCCUCCACCAAGUUCUUCGGAUGACGAUGAAGUCAACGAAUUGAUUGAUGAAGCGGUGAAUUAUAUUGUCCAUGAAUAUGUGCCGAAAAAUUAUCCACAAAAACACAUCCGAAAUCGUAGUAAGGGAAGAAAGUACUAUGAACGAGAACGAAAAGUCGGUCACAGAUCCCUCAUGAGGGACUACGUUGGAGAAAAUCCGACCUAUCCAGAUUAUAUGUUUCGACGGAGGUUUAGAAUGUGCAAAAACAUAUUUCUUCGACUAGUGAAUACAGUUGAGGCGCAUGAUGAAUUCUUCCCUCAAAAUAAAGAUGCCACAGGUCGGUUGGGUAUGUCAGCUUUGCAGAAAUGCACGACAGUAAUGUGGAUGCUAGCGUAUGACACAUGCGCGGAUAGUGUCGAUGAAUAUUUAAGAAUGAGCGAAAGCACGGCAAUGAUUUCUCUUCAGAAAUUCACCGAAGCUGUCAUUGACACCUUUGGAAGGCAAUGGUAUCUAUCCACAAUGGGUUACAUUCAUCGAGUCAAUAGCCCUUCCCAGACACCAAAAGAAAAAUUGUUUGCAAAACACCAAGAGGCUACUAGAAAAAACGUUGAGCGUGCAUUUGGGGUGCUUCAAACUCGAUUUGCAAUAAUUCGUAAGCCAUCGCUCGCAUGGAAUCGAGACGUUAUUAGCAAAAUCAUGAUGGCUUGUAUCAUUAUGCACAACAUGAUAGUUGAAGAUGAAAGAGACACAUAUGAUGGUUAUGAUAACUCGCAGGAAUUCGUGGAAGAUAAUUCCGCAAACAAACCGUAG